AUGGGUGACGUUGCCGGCGCCGCAUGUGUAUCAGACUCGGAGGCUGAAGAAUCUGAAGCGGUGAUAUGGAAGCCAGAUUGGCAAGAGACCCCUCUUAAAGAGCAGUUAAGCGUGGUAAAUAUAUCGCGAGAGCACGAGAAAGGUAUAAAAGAGCGACGAGAGAUCGCAACACAAAGAUUCAGGUCUUUUAGAAAAAGAACGGCUGUCCAGAAGAAUCCUUACAAGCUCGACAGAAUACGACACAAGCAGUUACUGAGAGGAUUUGAACUUCCCAAAGAACUUGCAGAUCGGACAAAAGAUGGAAAACAGGAUGACUGGAAAGAUUUGGAAGGUAGUUCUUCACAGGACGCCGAAUGGAAAGAGGACAUAGGUCCCCCUCGAGUUCCUGAAGUGGAAGACAGCAACUUUAACGUUCAUCAGACUCAAGAAAGCUGGAACUCUUCCGAAGAUGACAGUGCGGUAUAUUAUAGGGGCAGGCACGUCAACUUGCAAACCGGGUUUCGGGGCAUUUUACCAAGAAUGAUGUGGAAAAGGGCCCUCAAAGAUAAUGAAAAAUCAGCACCGACCCGAUUAAAUCGGCCAAAAAGAGAGGGCAAGGGUGUUGCGAAGCGAAAAGUGAACAACAAUGGGUCUAUUCUUGCUAACCCCUCAGCUGGUGAUAGUUUCUUUAUAGCGGACGAUCAGGUGGAUGGUGAAAGCGAAAUUAUGCGGGAAAAUCUUUACCGAGAUGAGCACGAUAGCGAAUACAUGCAGUCAAUAGGCAAUUAUCUUGAGGACAAAUUUGGCGAUUUGUACGCUUUUGACGAUUUGUCUGAUGAUGAAAAACUGCCAGAGGAGGAGGCAGAUAUGAUCUUCACUCCGGAGCACCUACAGCCCGCAUCGAUGCAGCAACAUGUGCCACAAUCUGGUGUGCCGUCUUUUUCGCCGGAGGUUUCUGAUUCAGAUUUGAAAAUCAUAGAAGAAAGAAAGAGCUCGAGGAAAGGAGCUGAUGAUAUAAUUGAUGCUAUGUUGACAGCAAGGAGGCACGGCAGCCAACCGCCAGUUAGCCGGAAACAGACAGCUCCUCCUUCACAUAAUUCACGGCGGGCGUUUGCAGCUAAAGUUCAUACCAAGGCCAAGCGAAGUAAAACAAAUGUCAACGGUGUAUUAUCUCGAGGUGAUACAAGGUCGAGAAAGUCCGCGGGCAGCAUCAAGACAAGGUCCUUGAGACGUUCUCAUCUCAAAGCGAAUUACGAAAAUUCUUUUCGGCUGUCGACCAAGGUUCAGUCUCAUGUGGACAACAUGGGUCAAGAAGGCAAUGCCGCCAACGCUGGAUUAAAGAAAAAUGCACAGGGCAUGGAAAGUGUAAAAAGUUAUGUUUUCUCAUCUACGAAAGUGAAGCAGCCUAUUUUUGACACAGCAGUCGAAGAAGAAGGGAACAGAUUUGCAAUCAUCAAGAAAACGGGUAAAAAUGAUCGAGAUACUACCACCGAAGCAAAUUUUGUGGACAAUACCGAAGCAAGCUCUAAGGUCCAGUUUCCACUGAUGUCCCUAGUGUGCGGUAACAAACCUGCCGGUCCACAAACUAUAGACUUUACUCUUUCCGGAAAGCCUUAUAGAAUCUCCACAUAUGACACAAAUCUCGCAUCGACUUUGGAGGUUGUCUUCAACCACAUAGUCGAAAAAGGAGCAUCUGAUCUAGAAAUAUAUUCGAUGAAUAACCUAAUUGUACCACUUUUGGGUCAAUUGAAUGUCCCGGGCUUAUGGGUGGUUGUUGAUAACUUCCAUCAACUUUUUAGGUCUAAAGCUAAUCUUCUAAGAAAUCGCGUUAAGCCGGUUCACUUUUAUCAGAUAGCUGCUUGCCAAGUCAUGUUGAAUGAGAUACGAUGUUACUCAAGUACCUCAAAACUGUUGUCCGCUGAUAUUACGAAUAAAAUUCUCGAUCACACAGUCUCUUUUUUUAAACUAAUUUCCAAGUCUGACCUCAGCGAUUUGAACGACAGCUUGCUCGAAAAAUCCUAUGCUUUAAUGGCCAGCCUAAUCAAAGGCAUGGUCAAAGGCCCUGAACUUUGGGAAAGAAUUCGUUCGUUGUCGUUCCCCUCUAAAGUUGCACUCAUUAUCCUGCGACAAUUUCCUCAUGAGGAGACAUGCUGGCAGAUCGCAGAGAUAGGGACAUCUUAUGUUGAAGCUAAUGAUUGGCUUCAAUUCAUUUACUACUCCAUUAGCUACUGCAGUUGGAAUAUUGAUGGUGCAUUGAUCCAAAAGUUCUAUAAUUUCUUCAAGAGCCGGAAAUUUCAGAAUUUCCCGGAAGAGAAUUCUUUCGAAACGAAACUAGGUAUUGUCGGUACGCCAACAUGGAGCAGGUCGCCCAAGACAGUAUUUAAUGUCUUUAUUGACCUUGUCGAAGCCUGUCCUUUGUCCCCCGUUCAAAUGGAGCGAAUAACACCUAUAGGUCAAAUAAUAUCGUUGACCUCUCGUUCACUGCUAGCUAACCGCAUAAACUUACUACUAGUUCUCGCAGGGCAUGCAGAUUCGAGUUUUGAGCAGAAAUUUGAAGAUCUUUGCCAUCCAUAUAUCGAGGCAAGCGAUCCAAAGGUACUCGGCCUAGAAGAGGCUUACGGACUAAUAUUAACAGGAUUUUGCUGUUUGCUGCAAACAAAUGCGAGAAAGACUUUCAUCACGAAGGCAAGAAUUGCCUCGCUGGCGGUUCAGCAGGUAGUCAAAUAUCGAGGAUUGAGUGUUUUUAGGACAUUAAGUGAGUUUCUCAAGCAGAUCUACUCCGUAGCGCCUUUCCUCGAAAAGUCGAUGCCUUUUGUUUUGAAAUCGCUCUACCCAGCUCUGAUGUUCAUGAUCAAAGUAAAAGAGAAGGUAGAGCUCGUCCCUCUCUUGAAGUUUUUCGGGAAGCACUUACAUUUGCUAGAUGUGACAUGGGUCAUGACACAUCUGCACCAGGGUUUUUCAGAUUUAGCCGAUGAUGAUGAUCAUCUUUUCCAAUUCUAUUUUGUUAUCACCAAGCUGCUCGCUUCAAAGAAGGCCAUUACUUGGUGGUCCGUUCUGAAUUACAAUAACGUACUGAGUGCAUCAAAAAAGCAUUAUGUUCGCUUUUGUACCCUUGUCGUUGAGCACUGCGAUGAAUACUCUUUCCUUCAGAUCCGGCACAAACUGUUGCAAACAGUUGUGGAUUCGUUGUUCGAGCCAGUUGACUACGCGUUGACUAAGUUUUUAAAAGCGCUUUCUCGACGGGAUAAUGAAUUCGAGGUGCACAGUAAUCUUUCGUACCUUGCUGGCAAUGUCGAAGUGGCCACGGGCGCUUUAAACGCCUUUAAGAAGGUCAAAGACCAUUCAUUCAUCGAAAGCCUAGUCACAAAACUCAAAGAAGAAUUGCUUACUAGACCGAUCAGCAAGCCGCUUGUAAUGGAGUUGACUAAAAUCCUGAACCGGGAAUAUGUCGAUAUCUUGAAAUCGAAUCCCGCCUUCCUCUAUCUCAAGAGCCAGUUUAACAUCUCUGACACUGAAACUGAAAAGAGUAUUUUCCGAGAAGUUCUAUCUUCUCAAAAAGGUGAGCUCGAGAGAGCCAUUUUUUUAGAAGACGAGCUUCUCAAAAUUGCUAGUCAAGGAUUAUCUUUGUCUCAAUUCCUGGAGAAAUUGGAGUCUUCCAUGGGUGCAGACAUAUACCUCAAUGAAUACCUUUUCUUUUACCAGUUGAUUGAAAUAAACGCUUCGACCGAGGAAGAGUCACGGACCGAAAUUCAGUGGUUUGUUUUAUCAACCUUGGUUCGGUUUGUCAAUAAGCAUCUCGAAAAAGCCCACAACCAGAUUAACUCAGCCGAUUUUGCUGCUCUUUACCAAUUGCAUUCAUAUAUCUGUUCCACACAUCGGUCAUCGCAUGCGGAAUCAUUCAAAGGCUUCUAUGAGGGCGAAUUUUACUACGAGAUAUCUCUCUUUCUCAUAAGAAACCUUUUCAUAUCAUCAGGUUUCAUCGAGUAUGAGACACUCACUGCGAAAUGCAGGUCGUUCCUUGGAAAUAGUGCACCAUCAGCACACAGAUUAAGCACCGGCACCUCAGCUUAUCCAGUAAGGAAGCUUCUCCAGAAAUAUGGCCCCUCCAUCCAUCCGAACUUCCAAAAAACCUCUGAAUUUCCUAACCUUCAUGAAGCAACCAGAAGGUGCUUCACUACACUCAGUGCUUUACUAUCGUAA